AUGUCAACUAUAAGUUAAUAAAUGUUUUGAAAAAAAAAUUGCUCCUAUUAAUCUAUUCAAAAUAUUAGAACAUUAGGAGUAAUAUUUAACGCACUAUUCAUUGUCGUUCAAGACUAUUAGUGUUGGUGUGUGAGUUUCUAGUAAAAUGGGAAAUAUACAUACCGUUGGACCAAAUGAAGCCCUCAUAGUGUCAGGUGGGUGCUGCGGCUCGACAAAGAAGCGUACAAUCGUCGGCGGCUGGGCAUGGGCCUGGUGCCUGGUGACGGACGUGCAGAGGCUGUCGCUGGAAGUGAUGACACUGAAUCCGAUGUGCGAAAGCGUCGAGACCGCUCAGGGCGUUCCUUUGACUGUCACAGGUGUAGCACAGUGCAAGAUAAUGAAGGCUGAUGAACUGCUUGGAACAGCUUCAGAACAAUUUCUUGGAAAAUCCGUCAAGGAAAUUAAAUCAACGAUUUUGCAGACUUUGGAAGGACAUUUGCGUGCUAUUUUAGGAACUCUUACUGUCGAAGAAGUAUACAAAGACCGCGACCAAUUCGCGGCUCUGGUGCGCGAAGUGGCGGCACCUGAUGUCGGUCGCAUGGGCAUUGAGAUCCUUUCGUUCACCAUAAAGGACGUAUACGACGAUGUCCAGUACCUGGCCUCACUCGGCAAAGCGCAGACGGCGAUGGUCAAGCGCGACGCGGACGCUGGCGUUGCUGAAGCCAACAGGGAUGCCGGCAUCAGGGAAGCUGAAUGCGAAAAAUCUGCUAUGGAUAUUAAAUAUUCUACCGACACGAAAAUCGAAGAUAAUUCUCGAAUGUACAAAUUGCAAAAGGCCAAUUUUGAUCAAGAAAUUAACACUGCCAAAGCUGAAGCACAAUUGGCGUACGAAUUACAGGCGGCUAAAAUCCGGCAAAAAAUAAGAAAUGAAGAAAUUCAAAUCGACGUAGUCGAACGACGCAAACAAAUCGAGGUGGAGGCGCAGGAAGUCAUGCGUAAGGAACGUGAAUUGAACGCCACAGUCAAGCUCCCGGCAGAGGCCGAAAGUUAUAAAGUUCAAAUGCUUGCUGAAGGUCGCAGGACACAAACUGUGGAAGCAGCCCGUGCUGAAGCGGAACGCAUUAAGGCGUUGGGAGCAGCCGAGGCGCAGGCAAUUGCCGGCGUUGGCAAGGCCGAUGCCGAGUGCAUGCGUAUGAAAGCGGCCGUUUACAAAGAGUAUGGCGACGCAGCGAUCAUGGCCCUUGUCCUGGAUGCAUUGCCAAAGAUUGCUGCUGAAGUGGCGGCUCCAUUGGCGAAGACAGAAGAAAUUGUUCUGUUGGGCGGUGGCGACGGUGUCACAUCAGAAGUGUCUCGAUUAGUAGGGCAGUUGCCACCAGCUGUCCAGGCAUUAACAGGUGUCAAUUUAUCCAAAGUAUUGUCGAAAGUGCCUGGUGCAACAAUGGCUACACCAGCUAAAGUAUAA